CAUGCGGCUGUGAUGCCAGCGGCGCCCCCUCCAGUGUGUGUAAUGUCACAACAGGUCAGUGUUCGUGCAGAGAGAACGUGAAGGGACGCACCUGUGACCGCUGUCAGUCUGGUUUCUUUGGGCUCCAGAGUGGGAGGGGAUGUCGGGCCUGUGGCUGCAGCCAAUCAGGAUCUGUUUCUGAGUCAUGUGACGAGGAUGGGCGGUGCCGGUGUGUGGAGGGUGUGACCGGAGAUACGUGUGACCGCUGUCGCCGCGGCUACUAUGGUUUCUAUGCCAACGGCUGCACAGCAUGCAACUGUGAUCACACCGGAAGGAACUGUGACCCUGAGAGCGGCGAGUGCAUCUGCCCCCCUCACACAGAGGGAGAUACCUGCGACAAGUGUGAGACGGGUUACUGGGGCAAGGACCCCUCCACGGGCUGCAAGUUGUGCGGCUGCAGUGCAGGAAGCUCCGCCCCUCAGUGUGAGCUGACCAAUGGACAGUGUCCGUGCAGAGAGGGCUUCUCUGGCAGGUUAUGCGACCGCUGUGCUCCUGGUUACCAUGCUUACCCAGCAUGUUCGGCGUGCGGUUGCGACGUGACGGGAACAGACGAGAAGUUCUGCAACACGACGCUGAGAGUGUGUGACUGUGGACACACGGGGGAGUGUGUGUGCAAGGUGGGGGUGUCGGGCCGGCGCUGUGAGGAGUGCAUCUCUGGUUGGUUCUCUCUCUCCGCUCUCAGUCCGUCCGGCUGCUCUCAGUGUUUCUGUUCAGGACUGAGUUCAGACUGUGAGGAGCAAGGAGGCCUGUACAGACAACCUAUCUCCUUGGCUCGCCCUCCUGCUCUCCUCUCAUUGGUCCGUCAGUCUGACCUGCAGGCUGCAGUUUCUGGAGUUUACCAGCAGGGCGGUGACUCACUGCUCGACACCCGACAGCUGAACAGCAGCCGACUGACGGGCCCUCUAUACUGGAGGCUGCCCCCCCCCUAUCAGGGUCUGCAGCUGCUGGCGUACGGCGGCCUGCUCUCUUACAUCAUCACAUUCUAUGCUGAGGACGGCUCGGGGCUGUCCAAUCAGGAGCCUCAGGUGCUGAUGAGGGGCGGGGCCAUGAGGAAGCUGGUGAUAUACACGGACAUGGUCGCCCCUGGCAGCGGCAUCAGGACGCGGCACGACAUCAGGAUGACAGAGCACAAGUGGAAGUAUUUUAACUCGGUGUCGGAGAAUUCAGUGAGUCAUGCUGACUUCAUGUCCGUCCUCAGUGACGUCGAGUACGUCAUCAUCAAGGCUUCGUACGGGACCCGCCUGCAGCAGAGCAGGAUCUCUAACAUCACCAUGGAGACGGCAGUGAAGGCGGAGUCAGGAGAGGGGGGUGUGGCCAGACAGAUCGAAUCCUGCACCUGUCCGCCUGGAUACAGCGGGCUGUCCUGUCGGGAGUGUGCUGUAAGUUUCUUCCGUCAGCCUUUGUCCGAGUUGUCGUCUCAGACUCAGAAAUUGCUGUUUGUUCGUCCGUGUGUUCGAUGUCGCUGCAACGACCACAGUGAGACCUGCGACACCGAGACUGGAGCCUGUCAGGACUGUCAGCAUCACACUAGCGGGCCGAGCUGUGAGCUGUGUGCCGCAGGGUAUCAUGGGAACGUCAGCGGCUCCAUCCGUGACUGCUCGAUGUGCGCCUGCCCCCUACGGGACAACAGUUUCAGUCCCUCCUGUGUGUCAGAAGGGGCGUUUGGUGAUUUCCGCUGCUCUGCCUGUCAGACGGGAUACGAGGGCCGAUACUGUGAGAGGUGCUCUGUGGGUUACUAUGGUAACCCGUCGUUACAAGGCGGCGUGUGCUCGUGGUGCAGCUGCAGCGUGUGGGGCUCGCUUCGGCUGCUGUGUGACGCUCUGAGUGGACAGUGUGAGUGUAAGGACGGGGUCAGGGGUCAGUCAUGUGACCGGUGUGACGAGAGGCACGUCCUGCAGGGAGGAGAGUGUGUGUCGUGUGAUGACGAGUGCACCGGCGUUCUUUUAGACGACUUGGAAAAAAUACACAACAACUUCCUGUCUGUCAACCUCAGCGGUGUUGCCAUGGCACCGUACCGCCAGCUGGUGCUGCUGGAAAACCAGACCAGAGACGUCCAGGUGGUGUUUUUAGAAAGCAACUCCGUCGCUCUGCGUCUCUCCACGUUGGAGGACAAGAUGAAUCUUUUGACCUCUGACAUUAGCACUCUGCUGCAGCAGGUCCCACGUCUGUCUAACAACCUGAAGAAAGUGGGCGUGUCCACCAACAAGAGCCUUUCCCAGGGUGCACUUCUGCUGGAGAGCAUCAGCAGCCUUGAGGAUAGCAUCCAGGAGCUUCAGAGGGAGGCGGGACAUCUCAACCAGACCUCAGUGGAUGAGCAUGAUUCAGCCAAUCAGACGCAUCUGCUGGAGGAGGUGGUGUCCAUGUUGGAAACCAUCAGAGCUGUCAAUCUAAUAGUCGCCAGCGCUGCGGCCAAUCAGGAGCUCAGUCUUGCAGAGUCUCUCGUCCACUCGCUGCAGGAGGACUUCCUGUCCAGCAGGGUGGCGGUUCACGACAGGCUCCGCCCCCUCUCCUACUCCCUCACUGUUGCCAUGGAAACGCUGCAGCACGGACACACACAGCUGAGCGACGCUACACUCAGAAACACAGAAACACACACUCUGCUGGACGCCACACACACCCGGCUGCAGAUGUACCAGUCUGUGCAGCAGCAGCUGGGGAGGGCCCGUGCAUCUAUGGACAGUCAGCUGAUGCUAGAGGACACCAUCAGUCUGACGGAGGAGUUAAGAAACAGCAGCACGCAGGUGGAAGUGUUCAGCGGGGAGCUGGAUCAGUGGCGCCCCCUGCUGAGGAAACAGGUGAACACGCUGGUGGUUGGACUAAAGAUGGCCGACGCUCUGGAGAACGUUUACCGUGCAGAAAGCCACGCCCAGAUGCUGCAGAGCCACGCCCACUCCCUGCACAGAGCUCUGUCCUCCGUGUGCAAUGCUUCUCAGAACGGCACCAGAUUGGUUCAGCUCGACGGUGACAUCACACAUCAAGUUGACACCGCCCAGCAGGUUGCCGCCCUCGCCCUCAACAUGACCGUCCAAUCAGAGCAGCCGCUGUCAGUAGAGGGUGGGGCCAAACUGAAAGUCAGCUCUGCUGUUUUAGAAGAAAGUCGACUUGUCAACGAGACGGCUGCAGGCCUGCAGCUCAGCAUGUCGAUGGUGACCAGCCGGCUGGGAUUGGUCAGAGAGAGCGUUCGUAACUCCACCCUCCUCCUCCAGCAGCCAAUCAGAGAGCUGCAGAGCCUCUCUAAUGGCUCCUCGGCCGCGCUGCAGGAGGCUCACCAGCAGGCUGCUGCAGCACGCUCCGGCUUGCAGCAUGCACUGAAUCGGCUGCACACACUCAGACAGCAGCUGCAGAAUUCUUCUUCUGUGGUGGAAAACACCAACCACACAGUGAGGGAGACCAACCAGCUGGUGACCCGCACACAGUCUGCAGCCAAUGAAGCGCAGAGUAAGCUGGAGGAGGCGGAGCAUCGCACAGAGCGUCUGAUGGACAGGUUCAAGCCGCUGAGCAUGCUGGGAGAAACUCUGAGCAAGAACUUGUCGGACAUCAGAGAGCUGAUCGAUCAGGCCAGGAGGCAGGCCGCCUCGAUUAAGGUGGCAGUGCAGGCGGACAGAGACUGUGUUCGAACCUACAGACCGAACUCUGAGUCGAGCAACUUCAACACGCUGAGUCUGAUCCUGAAGACGACACGAGCAGAGAACCUGCUGUUCUACCUGGGGAGCAACACCACGGUGGACUUCAUGGUGUUAGAGAUGCAUGCUGGGAAAGUGUCUCUGGUGUGGGACGUGGGCUCUGGCAGCACCAGGCUGGAGUUUCCUGCCGUGGACAUCACCAACAACAGAUGGACCAGGAUCAAUGCGACGCGGUUCGGUGCACGCGGCUCUCUGUCCGUCCAUCAGCUGGAGUCGGAGUCCGCUCCAUUGCCUGCGGUAAUAGCGAUGUCCCCGGGACUGUCACGAGUCCUUGACAUCGACAGAAACACGGUGAUCCACAUCGGAGGACUGGGAUCUCGCACACAGAACCCUGCUCCACUGGGAUCCUCCACCUUCCAGGGAUGUGUGGGUGAAGCGUCGCUCAACGAGAAAAACAUCGGACUGUGGAACUACAACAGCAGAGAGGGAGAGUGUGGAGGUUGCUUCAGCAGUCCCCAGGCGGAGGAGACGUCCUUUCACUUUGAUGGAUCAGGAUUCUCAUUGGUUCAGAAGUCUCUGCGAGCGACUUUCACCUCCAUCGUGCUUCUGUUUAAAACGCUGUCGCCGGGCGGAUUACUGUUGUACCUGGCCUCCAACAACACUAGGGACUUCCUGUCCAUGGAGCUGGUGGAAGGGCGUAUCCGUCUAACCUUUGACCUCGGCUCAGGAGCUCUGAUCCUGACCUCCAGCAGGAAGUACAACACAGGAGUGUGGUACAAGAUCACACUGCUGAGGAACAAACGCAAAGGUUACCUUACCAUCAUGGCAGCCGACCAAUCAUCAGACAAGGAGGUGUUGGAGGCGGAGUCUCCUGGAACGGCCUCCGACCUGAACCGCUCCGAACUCGACCCGAUCUACAUCGGAGGACUUCCUGCCUCCCGACCAAUCAGGCGACAUGUUGUCUCCAGGUCGUAUGUGGGCUGCAUAAAGAACGUGGAGAUCGCUCGGUCCAACUUCGACCUGCUGAGAGACGCGUACGGAGUCAGGAAGGGCUGCGUACUCGAGGCGGUGCGGAGUGUGUCGGUGCUCGCCGGAGGCUUCGUUCAGAUCGCUCCUCCAUCACUCGGCCAGGAGGCGGAGCUUCUCUUCUCCUUCUCCACCAACAACCAAUCAGGAGUCCUGCUGGCUGCCUUCAGUGACAAGCGAACACAGAGACAGCACUUCCUGUCAGUCCACCUGCUCUCAGGUGCAUUGGAGGCGGAACUUGGUGAAGUGGGUGGGGUCACUCAGAGGGUGAUGGUGGUGAAACCGGAUGGCGGAUCCUUCAGUGAUGGAACAAAACAUUCUGUGAUCAUCACCAUCAACCGGAAGUCUCUGUCCGUGCAGGUGGAUGAGAAACACCUGAAGUCUGUCUCUCUGUUGCCGGGCGGAUUUUCUCGUUUGUCUCCAGCCUCUUACUUCAUUGGUGGGCUGCCAUCAGGGGAGAAGUCUCGUCUGCCACUCAGAUUGCAGGAUGUGUCCAGGUGGUUCAGAGGCUGCAUCCAACACCUGGUGGUGGGCGGAGAGCUCGUCGACCUAUCAAGAGCUCUGAGGUAUGAGGGGGUGGAGCUCAACAGCUGCUUAUUGAAGGAGAAGGUAGAGGGGGCGGUGCUGCCUGAUGACCAGGAUGUAGAAUCAACACCUGACCCCGCCAUCCUACCUGCAAUCCCGCACACACACCUGAGCGUCUUGACACCCGGAGCACUAACGUGUGUGUCGGAGGCUGAGCCAACCUUUCUGCCGUCAGCGGUUCAGUUUGGUUCCUCCAAACACAGUCACGUGACUUUCAUCAUCAACCCCAACACUGUCAGGAGAAGUGUGUCGGUGAGGUUGUCGGUUCGAAGCCGAGCUCUGGACGGGCUGAUCGUCCUGCUCUCUGACUCCAAACAGACGGACUUCAUCGUCCUCAGACUGACUGCCGGGAGACUGAUGAUGUCAGCUGACCUGGGGAAAGGUCCCGCCUCCAUAACCUCAUCUGUCACUGUUAACGACGGAGAGUGGCAUGCUGUGAGCGCCGAUGUCAGCCGGCGGUCGGUGUCGGUUUCUGUCGACGGUUUGAGUCCGGACUCUGUGUCUGUGAAAGGAAACCAGCUGGACGUGGACAACCGACUUUACCUGGGAGGACUGCCACACACACACACGACCAGGAGGAUUAAUGCCAGCAGCAGUUUCCCAGGUUGUGUUCGCUCAGUCAGUCUGAACGGAGCCGCAUUGGAUCUGUCCUCGCCAGCCUCGCAGCAAGAUGUCACUUCCUGUUUCACCAACGACCAGACAGGAAGUUACUUUAACGGCAGUGGAUACGCCGCCCUCAUGCGUGAUGGUUAUAAGGUCGGGUCUGACGUGUCAGUGUCUCUGGAUUUUCGAACGAGCCAAUCAGAAGGAGUGUUUCUGGGGAUCAGCAGCGCGAAGGUCGACGCCAUUGGACUGGAGAUGAUCAACGGACAGGUGGUGUUUAACGUGAAUAACGGGGCGGGGCGAGUGUCGGUACAUUCCAUUGAUCAGAUGCUGUGUGAUGGACGGUGGCACCGCCUGUUGGCCAGAAAAACCAAACACACCCUGAGUCUGAGUGUAGACAAGCGGAGUUACUCCACCCCCAACCCUUACCCACAAUCCACCUCUGCUGAGACCAAUAACCCGGUUUACGUAGGCGGCUUUCCAGUGGGUGUUAAACAGAACUGCCUGUCUAUCAGCUCCAGGUUCACAGGUUGUCUGAGGAACCUGCAGCUCAUUAAGUCUCACCUGAGUGACGCUCUGGAUCUGAGCUCUGGCCACUUCCUGUUGGGCAUAACUCCUAACUCGUGUCCAGCUGCCAAGCAACGCCCAGUUGAGCUCUGAUUGGCCCACAUACACCACAGUUUGAUUAAAUGAGUAUUGACCCUAAGGCCCGCCCUUUUUCACUCUGUGCUCCAAUCACAGUUGAGCUAGCAUUUCUACUUCCUGUUAUAGUCCGAUAUGCUAUGUCUGUUUAAAGCUAACAUCACUAUGUAAAAUCACAUCCUAAAUACUAGCUAGCUAACAUAUAGCCAAUGCUACACGAAGAGGAGUUAGCCUAAUGUCGGAUCACUGUCGGCCCGGUUUGUUUGUUUUUUUUCUGAGGAAAUGUUAGUUUUGGAAAAGGACAGAUAGGUUGGUUGCUGACAUUUUUUUAAGAUUAAUUAACGUUAGCCAGAAAACAUCAGGGCCAAUGUUCCCUUAUAUUAUCUCUGGAAGUAACUUUUGGUGUUAUUUGUAAUAAACAACGUUUAACAUCCCAUUGGGAAAAGUUACCUGAGAUAGAAGAUAUUGUCGGCUAGAUGAACUAGCAACAUCGUUCAAUUUGUCCGACCUAGCAACAGUAACUAAGGGGGGCGGGCUUUUGGAUUAUAAUCCAUGUUGUUAAUGUUAAAAUAAAGUCUGGAGGCUGUUGGACGA